AUGGCCGCGGCCGGGACGGACGUGUGGGUGAGCACCUUCGCCCAGCUGAUGAGUGAGCGGAAGCCCCGGGACGCCUGGGUCCUGCUCCCUCAGGAGAGCCUGGCCGCCGGGCCCCUGGAUGGCAGCAGCUUCCAGUACCGGCUAAAGGGGCUUUCGAGGCUCCAGUGCAGCCGCUGCCUGUGGGUGUGGCGCUCGGCCCAUGUGCACAUCCUCUUCCACCUGUGGUGGGAUGCGGGCAGCCGCCAGGGCCUGGUGAAGAUGCGAGUGUGGGGCCAGCGGUGCCGAAUGUGCCCGCCGGGGCCCCCGGGGCCCCGCGGCGACUGCCAGGUGAGUCCACUCAACGUGUGGAUCUUCCUAAGUAAGCUGGUGCUGCACAUCUUGCGGCGCUGCUACGGAGAUACCCUCAGUCACUGCCCCGAGGUGCGCUUCGGCGACCGCUGCGAGGCUUGCGAGCUGCAGCUCUGCUUCCUGCAGAAGGCGCCCGAGCUGGCCUGGGCGCCCCCAGCCAGGCCCAGGCACGCGCCUGGUUGCUGCGCCCACGAGCCCGGCUGCGCCACGGUGCCGCUGUUGGUGACCGACUUCGUGGAGGAGCCUCUGUCGCAGAGCGGCGACUUCCUGUUCGAGGGCGCCGGCGUGGUCACCCUGCCCUUCGCGCUCGCGGACGCGGACGCGGGCGGUGGCACCGGCACCCUGUGCCUCUUCGCCGAAGCUGGCGCGGUGCCCGAGGCUGGGGGCUUCCCCGUGGACGUUAGAGACCCGGUGCUCCGUGGCGAGGGCCUGCUGCUCAGCGACGUGGACGACACCUUCCAGAUGCGCGGCUUCGUCUUCGGCGCCCGCGACCGCGCGCCCCGCGCUGUGAGCGUGGCCCGGGGCCGCGGCCCGCUGUCAGUCAGUGCGGGCCUGGCGCCGCCGCCGCCCGCCGUGUCCUACGUGGUGGGGCUGGCGGCAGACGGCGAGGGCGCGCUCAGCUUCCCCUGGGCCCUGCUGGGCGCGCUGGGCCGGGCCGGGGGCCCCGGCGCCGAGGGCUCCGUCACCUUCCCCUUCUGCUUCGCUGAGGGCGCGGACGACGGCCGUGGGCCGCUCCCGCCAGCCCCGGGGGCCGAGGAGGGCGCGCCCGCGCCGGUGCCCGUGAGCCGCGGCUCCAUCACCGUCCCCUUCGCGGCGCUGGAGGCCGCGCGGCGCCUGAGCACCGAGCACCCGGCCGGCGGUGCCCAGGGCGGCGGCUUCGUGGGCUACAGCUACUGCCGGCGGCGCGCGCGGGCACGGGCGCACGAGGAGGACGAGCCGCGCGCCUGUGCCGCCCCACGCCGGCCGCGCGCUGAGCCCUCCGAGGACUUCUGGAUCUGGGUGUCCAUGACAGUCUGUAUCUUCUGGCUCAUGUGCAUGUGCAGACUCAACUUCAGUAUUUUCCAGCAGCCGGCCUGA